AUGGAGUCGAAGGAGAAGACCAGAACUGAUGGCGCCCAACCCAGAACGCCCAGCAACUUGGCGCCCGACAGUGAACAUGAAACAGAACUUGGACUCCCCGCAAAAACAGUCAAUGGGGGCCUAAACGCAUGGUUAACUGUCCUUGCAGGCUUUUGUGUCUUUGUAAACUCUUGGGGCCUUUUGACAACUUAUGGCGCUUUUCAAGAGUACUAUCAGACAGAGCUUCUCUCUGAUGAAUCGCCGUCGACGAUCUCAUGGGUUGGCAGUGUUCAGGCCACUUUAAUCCCCAUGGUCGGUCUGGCUACCGGUCCAUUAGUUGAUGCCGGAUAUCUGCGUCCUCUAAUUGUAUGUGGAAGUUUCUUGACUGUAUUCGGAAUGAUGAUGACCAGUCUUGCCACUUCAUAUUACCAGAUAUUGCUUGCACAAGGAUUCUGCGUGGGUAUGGGAGGCGGUAUAUCCUACAUCCCAGCGCUAGUCGUGAUCUCCACGAAUUUCACCACAAGGCGCCCCAUUGCCAUCGGCUGUGCAUCGAUUGGAUCCAGCGUGGGAGCUGUCAUUUUCCCCAUCAUGUUCCGCCAACUAGAACCCAAGAUUGGGUUUCCAUGGGCAGUCCGUUGCAUCGGAUUCAUCUCUUUACUCCUCGCCGUUGUGGCUUGUCUGAUCUUGUGUCGGCAACCAGGCCACAGAGCCCGCGCAAGAGAUUUGAUUGACUGGAAAGCCUUCCGCGAACCCUCAUUCAUGAUGUUCUCGCUUUCACUCACAUUUGUUAUGCUUGCAUUCUACGUCCCGAUCUUCUAUGUCGCCUCUUAUGCCCGCACCGUUGUGCAUACUGUCAACCUCAGCUUUUACAUGGUUGCUAUUGUCAACGGCUCAUCGGCCAUCGGCCGUGUUGUUCCUUAUCUGCUUGUCGCGUAUAUCAAGCCCAUGGGAAUCCUCAUUUUGUCUGUCGCAGCAUCAGCCCUCGCUAUGUUUACUUGGAUCGCGGCUACCGAUUCAGCUGGAUUUAUUGUUUGGGCGUGCUACUGGGGAGCUCUCAGUGGUGUACUGGUCACGGCGCCGACUUCUAUUGUCUCACAUCCGAUCUUCUGUCCGGAUGUCAGCUUUUUGGGGACGCGUUUGGGCAUGAUGUGGGGUAUAUCCUCUUUCGGGUCGCUUGCUGGCACUCCCAUUGCGGGUGCGUUGGUCAAUCUUGAGACUGCUGAAUUCUUGCAUGCUCAGAUCUUUGCGGGGUGUAUGAUGGUAGGCGCUGUCUUCUUACAGGUCUGGCCAACUUGGAAGGUGAUUCAAUAUGACCGGGAGCAGUCUAGCAAAAGUUGA